AUGGAUACCACUAAAUCACAUACCAUUGUUAUCAAAUUGGGCUCAUCGUCUUUAGUAGACUCAGAAACCCAUGAACCCAGACUUUCUAUAAUGUCUAAACUAGUGGAGACUGUCAUGUCAUUAACAAGGAUGGGACAUAAAGUGGUGAUUGUAUCUUCGGGGGGCAUUGCCAUGGGUCUUAAUGUCAUGAACUUACAGGAAAGGCCCACUUCCAUUUCCGAAAUUCAAGCGAUUGCUGCUAUAGGACAAGGCAGAUUGAUAGGUAGAUGGGACAUGAUAUUUCAUGAAUAUGAAAUGGAUAUUGCGCAGAUUCUAUUGACCAGGAAUGAUAUCUUGGAUUGGAAACAAUUCAAGAAUGCGAAAAACACUAUAUUAGAACUACUCAAUAUGGGGGUCGUCCCAAUUGUUAAUGAGAAUGAUACACUUUCAAUCACUGAGAUUGAAUUUGGUGAUAAUGACACUCUUAGUGGAGUUACUGCCGCUUUGAUCGAGGCUGAUUAUUUGUUUCUGCUGACGGACGUAGAUUGUCUUUAUACAGACGAUCCAAGAAGUGAUCCAGAUGCUAAACCAAUCUUCACUAUAAAAAACUUACAUCUGGAGAGUAAAGGUUUGUUGCAAAACGUAAACGUUUCUCAUGGGUCCGGAAGUAAGAUUGGUACUGGCGGAAUGAGGACUAAACUUAUUGCAGCUAAUUUAGCUACACAUGCCGGGGUUAAUACUGUCGUUAUGAAAAGUACUAACCCUUCAAAUAUUAUUAAAGUUAUAGAUUAUAUUGAAAAUUGUUCAGGUGAAUUUCCUGAGGAUUCCACGAUAGAGUUAGACAAAUUACAGAAAUUGGAUGUACCAUUACAUACGAAGUUCAUUGCUAGAGAACAGGAAGAUAGGUUGGAAGAUAGACAAUUCUGGCUAUUACAUGGUCUCGUUACGAAAGGUUCUAUCAUUAUAGACAAAACCACUUACGAGAAUUUAUUAUCGGAAGAGAAAGAAAGUUCGAACGAUUUUACUAUAGCGGCCUCUGCCUCUUCUUCUUCAUCCUCCUCUUCUUCUGUCAGUUCUGUAGGUGAACAUCUCAAUGGGUUGCCAGCCCAAAGUAUUAUAGACGUUGAGGACAAUUUCCAUGAACUGGAUUGUGUCAACCUUAAAGUUGGUAAAAGAUUGUCAAAUGGUAAACUGGAUCCAAAUUAUCCUUUAAAGACUGUAGGACGUGUUAGAUGUAAUUACAGUAGUAUGGAAUUGAAUAAAUUAAAGGACGCUAAAGAAGAAAAAGAUAUAGUAGAUAUUUUAGGCUAUGCUAAACCAAGUGAAACCGAUUUAUUCAAUUCCCAUAAUGCACAUCAUACCGAUUUCAUCGACGAGGAUAGUAAUUACAUUGCAAGUAAGGAAAAUUUGGCGUUCACACCAAUAUGA